AUGACAGAUUUCAGCCGGUUUACUACAUUUUUGUCUCAUUCAAUCAAACCGUUUACAAACAGAGGAGAAGAUCCGACUGUAAGGAAGAUUACUCCUAAAACAACAAGCACAACUUCUAAGUCUAACAAAAAUAAUAUAGGUCUCCACAACGAAAUUUUCAUUUAUUCCGUCUGUGCUGGUGCGUUUGCAUUUGCCAUACUUCUGUGCACAGUGUGUAAACGCCGUUACAAGCAAAUCCAUAACUAUUUACGACGGAUCACGCCUGAUAAUGGAGAAAUAACAAAUGUGCAGGAAAAUAUACUCGAGGACGUUCUUUCUGUGGAAAUAGAGGGAAUAUAUGAAGUUAUAGAUGAAUCGAAUAUGAUAGAUGACUUCGGUAACACUGGAAAACCUGAUGACAAAGCUACAAAAAAUGAAACUGAAGGUCCUUCGGAUAGUAACACUUAUCCUAAUCGGUAUCGCCUUGUUAAGAAAGAUCCAAAUAUCAAUAACUCAAACCGCAGUAAAUCAGUACUUUUUUAACAUCGGACGCAAAAAACCAAGCUUGAGAUAGUGAAUAACAUUCAAGCUUAUAAGCUUUACCUGUGUGUCUGGUAUCUUUGAUGCGCAGAGUGUAAAAAAUCUACUGAUUCAAUUCAUCUAAUCGUUCAUUACAAAGAUAUUGUGUUCUAUACUGUAAUGUAUAAAUAUUAUCUCAUAA